AUGGCCCACCUGGGAGCCCACUUUGCCUUCAGAUCCCGCAGGCAGAAGACCAAUGAUGAACUCUGUCGACAUAGCAUGUUCUUUAUUCUUCACAAAACCAUUUGCAAUGACUUCUUUCAGAGCUAUCUCUACCUGCUGGAAAAUAUUCCCCUGGUGAAAUUGUAUGCUUUAACAAGUCAAGUCAUCAAUGGUGAGACAGAGGGUAUGAUGGGAAAUUUCAUUGAACUGUCCAACCCAGAUAUCCAGGCCUCUCGGGAAUUUCUUAGGAAAUUUGUUGGGGGGCCUGGGAGAGCUGGGACAGACUGUGCCCUGGAUUGCGGCUCUGGGAUAGGAAGGGUCAACAAGCAUGUCCUGUUGCUGGUUUUCAACACUGUGGAACUGGUGGACAUAAUGGAAUCGUUCCUCCUCGAGGCACAGAACUGCCUGCAGGUCAAAGGGGACAAGGUAGAAAGCUACCACUGCUACAGUCUGCAGGAAUUCACACCCCCACUGGGGAGAUACGAUGUCAUCUGGAUUCAGUGGGUCUCUGGGUACCUGACCGUUAAAGACCUUCUUGCAUUUCUUCCCCGGUGCCGAGAUGGCCUGAAAGAAAACGGCAUCAUCCUACUGAAGGACAAUGUGGCUCGGGAGGGCUGCAUCUUCCAUCUGUCUGACAGCAGUGUGGCUCGGGAUAUGGACGUCCUCCAGAGCCUCAUUAGGAAGAGUGGGCUGGUGGUGCUGGGCCAGGAGAAGCAGGACGGCUCUCCAGAGCAGUGCAUCCCAGUGUGGAUGUUUGCACUGCGUAGCGAUGGACACUCCAGACCAGCAGUGGGAGUGAACGGCGGCAUUGCACAGUAG